AUGUCAAAUGAUCAGCUAAAGAAUCAAACUUUGUUGGAGAUCGAAAAGCAGUUACGCUCCAGUGGAAAUACUCUCGAAAACUUCUCUACAAUGCCAUUUCCCACAAACAGCAAUAUUCCUUCUAUGGUCAAUAGAUUGAUAACUGAUGAGCUGUGUUACGACAGAGACGCAUGUGCUCAGGAACAUCAAAGAUUACAGUCUAGAUUGACAUCAGAACAGAGGGAUAUUUAUAACACUAUCAGGAAAGCUGUCACAACAAAUUCUGGUGGUGUGUUCUUUGUCAAUGGAUUUGGAGGGACAGGGAAGACAUUCCUUUGGAAAACUCUAUCAACAUACAUUCGUUCAGUUGGGGAUAUCGUCUUGAAUGUAGCUUCAAGUGGAAUGGCAGCACUGUUACUAGAUGGGGGACGCACAGCUCAUUCUCGGUUUUCAAUCCCAUUAGAGCUGCAUGAAAGUUCCACUUGCUCAUUUACCACAAAUAGUGAGCUAGCUGAAUUGUUAUUGAAAGCUAAGUUGAUCAUUUGGGAUGAGGCACUAAUGUUGCACAAACAUUGUUUUGAAGCUCUAGAUAGAAGUUUGAAAGAUGUUAUGAGAGCAGCAAAGGCUCCUAACCACAGUAGGCCAUUUGGUGGUAAGACUAUUGUUUUUGGAGGUGAUUUUCGCCAAGUGCUCCCAGUUAUUCAUAGGGGUAGCAGGCAAAACAUUGUGCAAGCUUCUCUCACUUCUUCUGUGCUGUGGAAAUCUUGCAAAGUGCUUAGUUUAACAAAGAAUAUGCGGCUAACUGUUGACUCAGACCCAGCAGAAGCUGAAUCCAUCAAAGAGUUCUCCGAAUGGAUUCUAAAAUUAGGCGAUGGGAAGUUAUCUGAACCCAAUGAUGGUGAAGCAUUGAUUGAUAUACCAGAUGACAUGCUGCUCAUGGACUCACUUGAUCCAAUCAUGUCAAUCACUAAUGCCACAUAUCCCUCAUUGAUAGAGCAUAUGGAGGAUGAGUCUUAUUUCAAAGACCGUGCUAUAUUAUGUCCCACAAAUGAUGUUGUCAAUGAGGUCAACAAUCACAUCAUGGAUCUUCUUCCAGGAGAUUUACAGACAUAUUAUAGCUCUGAUAAAAUCUGUGAAUCAGAUUCCAGCAAAAAAAGAGAUAAAGAUGUCACAGUUGAAUUCCUUAACUCGAUUAAGUGUGCAGGAGUGCCCAACCAUGUUCUGAAGCUAAAGAAAGGGGUUCCAGUUAUGCUUCUAAGAAACAUUGACCAGAAAUGUGGUUUGGUCAAUGGAACUAGAUUGCGGGUAACACAACUGGGAACUCAUGUCAUUGAAGCAAAAGUCAUUACUGGUAAUCACGUGGGGGGUAAGAUCUAUCUGCCAAGAAUGGUCCUUACACCUACGGAUGCUAGGUUGCCUUUUCAGUUUAAGCGAAGACAAUUUCCGAUUUCUCCGUGCUUUGGAAUGACAAUUAAUAAAAGUCAAGGUCAGAGUUUAUCUCAUGUAGGGAUCUACUUACCAAAACCAGUUUUUGCACAUGGUCAGUUAUAUGUUGCUGUCUCAAGAGCCAAAAGUAGGAGAGGCCUGAAGAUCCUAAUCAUUGACGAAGAAGGCAAGAGAGCAAAGAAAACAACAAAUGUUGUUUUUAAAGAAAUAUUUCAGAAUUUCAGACAAGAAUGA